AUGAUAUUCUCACUCGAUUACACUGCCACUCCCGGCUUGCUUCCAUGCCAGGCUCUCGCCAACAAGAAGGAACCUGGCGAGAAGACCGCCACUGCUCCCGCAAACGACAAGUCUCCAGCAGGCACAGCGGCCAUAUCUGACAGCAUGGGUUCGCUCGGCCCCACUCCACCAUCACGGUCCAUUGAGGCCUACAUUGGCUAUGAUCGCAAUCUACCCGUCCAGAAGGUUGCCGGAACAAUAUCUCGCUACCGCAACGGUUUCGACCAUGUCCUGACCACCGUGCAUGAUGUUCGUGGUCAGGAGCACAACUACACACUUGACAUCCAGGGCUUCCAAUUCGUCUCACCCGAAGAGUUCAGCCACGAUGCACACGACUACACGGAUCAAGAACAUAUCAAGUCGAUUGUGUAUACACAGACACAAGACCUGCUCAAGAACAUCACCGGCGCUCGAGAGUCCACUGCUAUUCUCACCUUACCACUCAAGACUGUGCGACGUGAUCCGUUGUGUGUCUGUGAUGCGCGCUCGGUCAAUGAGAAGGAUCUGGUCAAUCAGAGGGUUUACUUGCCAAAGGAUGCAGACUCAUCGUUCAAAGACGUCAGCCGCGGCGCAUCCUUCGAGUCCGUGGGUGUGAAGCCCAACCCUGAACAUGAAUGGUACUACUGCUCAGAGAUGCGUCCUGACGAGGCCCUGCUAAUCAAGAUCCACGAUUCUGCUGCUGGCCAAGCUCGGGAUGGUGUCUCAGGCAUCGUCGCGAGUGGCGUGCCGCACACGUCUCUUCAGAUUCCUGGCACAGAAGACGUGGAGGCUAGAGAAAGCAUCGAGCUGCGAUGUCUGGUAUUCUGGGACUGA